GCGAAAAAAAAAAAGGCUACGAAAACGGCGCGCAGUCCCGGAUUCGAAUUUCGAAAUUCGAAUGCCCGUAAGCGAAUGACGGCGGCGCGGGUGUCCCUUACGGCUUACGGCAGCAACAUUCGUCGGCGGGACUGUUUGGGUACAGGGUGGCGGCUUCAUGGCUACGCUGCCACGCCGAGCGCCCAUGAAUACGUCCGAAGCAGCACGGCCGCCGUCACACGAUCGCCAACGUUGUGUACUUCGCUACGUGCACCUUCGCCGUCGACGUGCACGCCGUACAGCCGGGUUGUCACGACGCCCCAUCGCUGUUGUUCCCACCGAAGUCGAGCCUUCUUCACUUGGCGAGGACGAGCGAUGGACGUGGACGGGGACGCGGUUCAUGACACACUCAGCAAGGCGGAGAGGGCGGCUGUGGCAGCGGCCGUGAACAUGAUACUCAUCAGGUAUCAAUUGCAGAGGACCGAGGGGAGGAUGAGAGCAGCCAUUCGCGCACGCCGGAAGAAGACGCUGCAGUCCAUCCAUGUGGAUGAAGAGGGCAGUGGUGCCAUUUGCGACGCUGUCCUUCAGGUGUGCUAUGCCAUGGGGUGUGGAGCGUUUCCCAGAGCGACGCCCAGGUGGUGGAUGAAGCGUCGAACAGGGGGGGUGUGGGAGGAUCUGCGGCAAUGUGACGACGCCACGGAAGACUACUUCAAGGACAAGCUGCGCAUGUCGCCACGGGUGUUCCGGGAGAUAGCGGAAGCUCUGUCUCCCUUCCUUCAACGGCGUGUCACGUUCUAUAGGGAGCCCCUCCAGCCUGACCUCAUCGUAGCGUUCGCUUUGUACAGAUGGGCGUCGGGGGAGACGUACGAGAGCGGGACGUGCAGCUUCGGAAUUGGCAGAAAGUCUGGGUUGGUGGCUGUGCGGGAUGUUACUUCGGCGUGCUGAGUGCGUACCGCGACAAGAUAUCGUGGCCAACGGGGCUGCAAAAGGCGGUCAUCUUGCGCGCUUUCGCUGACAAGG